UUUUAUUUUGAAAUGUUUAAACGCCACGAAUCACGAUUUCAGUUACGGAUUUGGCGACAUGCUAUAACAUAUUCUUUGCUUUUGCUUGUUAGUCCGCUUUAAAAUGUAUUUACGAGCACAUUUUAACUACAAUUAAACUUAUGUUUUUGUUAAAAGUGUAAACUAGUCGAGUAUAUCUAACGAAGAGUUCCUGCGUUUGAAAAUGUCAGCGGCUGGCUUCACAUUUGUUGUGCUGUGAUGUAAACAUGGACAGGCCGGACACUACAUUCAGUCUGGCUUAUGCAGUAUUCACUCUCUGCUUUAUAUUUACACCCAAUGAGUUUCGUUCGGCAGGUUUUACUGUGCAGCAUAUGUUUGCGGGAUGGCUGGGCAGUGAAGACAUCUGCUUCAUUCAACACCACAUUAAAAGAACAACACUAACCCUGCUCGUGCAUUGCUUCCUGCCUCUAGGUUACUACAUAGGAAUGUGUUUCGCUGCUCCCGAACAAAAUCUUUUAUACAUCCAUCUUGCAAGUCAAGGAUGGCAAAUCUACUUGAGCGUUUCAUUGGCCAUUCAGCUUUUGAGUUGUGCACUGGCUUUCUAUUGGUCCAGACACGGCUGGGCCAAUCAUCCGAUAUGCAAAGCUCUGAGCGUGCAUGCCUUACCACAUUCUAGCUGGAGGGCUGUGGCUUCUUCCAUUAACAUCGAAUUUCGCCGCAUUGACAAAUUUGCUUCAGGUUCCCCUAGCGCAAGGGUGAUCGUCACCGAUACCUGGGUGAUGAAGGUCUCAACAUACCACUUGCAUGUCGCUUUGCAUCAGGACUGUCAUUUGACUGUGACAGAUUCCAAACAUCACAGCCUGUCACCUGAUUUAAACACACCUGUGCAGAUUGUCACCAUCACCGUUGCCAGUAUCAAUCCCAGAGUCAAGUCUUUUGACAUCAGGUUGAAAUCUACUGAAUAUGUUGAGCUACAAGAAAAGCUGCAUGCACCAAUCAGGAAUGCUGCCAAUGUAGUCAUCCAUCUGACAAUGAGUGAGCUGUUUCUGGAGACCUUUAAGACGUAUGUGAUGAUGAAUGAUGUUUACAGCUGCCCAAGUGGACAGGAACUUGAGGCAUGUAUUGGAUGUAUGCAAGUCAAUGCCAAUGUCAAACUUGUACGACUGUGCCAGGAAGACAGUGAAUGCCAGCAGUGUUACUGUCGUCCCAUGUGGUGUCUUACGUGUAUGGGUAAAUGGUUUGCUAGUCGACAGGACCAGCAGCAGCCAGAGACGUGGCUGAGCAGCAGGGUACCGUGUCCCACCUGCAGGGCCAAGUUCUGCAUUUUAGAUGUCUGUCCCAUAAUAUGAUUGAAUAUUAUAUUUGCUUCUCAUAUCUGCAUAUCUUUCAUCCUGGUAUUUCUGAGCAUUUGUACAUAAAGCACUUUAAGUGGAUUUCCAAGUAUGAGAUACGUGUUGACUCUACUUAUUUCAGUUAAACACAGCAAAUUUAAAACUACAUCAAACCUUUGUGCCUCUUAUGAUUAUGCAUUCUUAAGAAAAUAUAAUUUUAAACAUUAUUAAAGGUAUUACAGUUAUUAGAAAACUUAAGCAUACACCUCAAAAAUCAUACGUUCUCUCAAAUGUAAUAUUAUUUUCACGUGACUGUAUUUUGUUCAUCUACAAAAUUCUUUUCUGAUGGUUAAGUACUACAGUAUGGUUAAUUUCAUUAGAAUAUCUCAUUCCAGUAAUGGAAUUACAUAAAAGCUCAAAAGCCCAAAACAUUGGGAGAAGGAAAUGUCCAUUCAAAAAAAAUUCAAAUGGUCUCAAAAGCAGGCCUUUACACAAAAUAUAAUUACAUUAUCAUUUGCCUUUGUGUGUUUAUCAGAAUAAAUAUAACAAAAAAGUGUAGUUGUGCUAAACUCUUAUUUUAUCAAUCAGGCUGUGUUUAAACAGUUCAGUAUGUUUACAGAGAAACGUUUGAUACGCCUUACGCCACCACCAGGAUUCCUGCUGUCAUUAAAAGCCAUUUGGAUGUUUUUUAAGUCAAGUCAACUUGUUCCAUCUGACUAAGGAACCAAAUUUCAAAAUUUAACACAAACGUUUGAGUGGCUUGUGUUCGGCCAGCCUGAGCUCACGAGAAUUUGUAUAUAUUUUAUGAGUUGGCUAAUUAGUAUAAAUUAGUAUGAAGUGAAUUGUACAAAAACAUAUGAUUAUCUAAAAAAAACAAUAGCGAAACCCCAAUACUAAGUCAAAUGGACAAAAAGCAAGAAAUUUACAAAUGUGGUAAAUUGGGCACCUCGUAAAUAUGUACAAAUUGCCAUGAGAUAGCAUUGGUUUGGCAUAUUUGUUUAAAUUCAUGUUCUUUUGUUCUCUCUAGUGCUGCUUAAAAUUAUUUAUAUUAUCAUGUAUUUGAAGGUUCAUCCUUUAAAACAAUGCUUACAAUAUUCUGACAGCACUUUACAUUUCAAUUCUUAGCAUUUGAAAACUCUUAUUUUGCAUAAUUCUCUUAAACAACUUUAUUAAUAAUGAGAUUCACAAUUUAUUCGAUAAUUUAUGCACAUUUAAUUUUAAUUCAAUGCAUUAUUUCUUAUAAUUGAUGUGUUUUGGAGACUGUGUUUGUAAUUAUUUUUAACAUGAUGGUGUCUUAUGGAAAACUGUUUCUGAACUUUAAAAAUUCCUCAAUAAAAAAAGAGCAGAUUUAUAA